GAGCAGACGGAGCUCAAAUUCAGUCGCGCUGCUGCUGCUGCUGAAGGUGCAGCACAUUGCGAGAGUAUAACGUGACUCGCCGGGAGCCGGACACACAUGGCUAUCAAGUGGAAUACUGUCGCACACGCUCGGCGGAGAUUUUAAACUUCCUCGCAACUUGUGAGAGACCCAGUGGAUGACAGACAGCCUCCGAGGAUGUGAGGAUCUGCCUCCGCUCCAUUACAAAGCGCACUCAGGAAACACACGGCGAGGGGAGAAGGACACGCCUGAGAGAGCUGACCAUGCACUGACAACAAGGAAUGGAAAGCAUCAGCGUGGAAGCCGGCUGGGAUGGGUUAGCCCUCUCCGCUCUGGUGGCCGCGGGCACCAGCAACUUCACCUCGUCCUCCUCGCUCUCCGAACUCCACUCUAACGCCUCGCACGGCGGUGCCUCCUUCUUCGGAAUUUUCCCAGAGAACGGUUCCACCGGCACCCCGCACUCGCUGCCGCAGCCCCCGGUGAGGGACCUGGGUUUGGCCCGCGCGGAGAUCGCUGUGCUCGGCGUGGUGCUGGCGCUGACCACUCUGGGCAACAGCUUCGUGCUGUGGGUGCUGCUGAGGAGGAGGAAGCACAACGCUCCCAUGCACGUCUUCAUGGUCAACCUGUGUGUGGCCGACCUGGUGGUGGCGCUGUUUCAGGUUCUGCCCCAGCUCAUAUGGGACAUCACCGAGAGGUUCCGGGGUCCGGACAUGCUCUGUCGCUCCAUCAAGUACAUGCAGAUUGUGGGCAUGUUUGCUUCCUCCUACAUGAUCGUGGCCAUGACAGUCGACCGGCACCACGCCAUCUGCUGCCCGCUGCAGGCCUACCGAGGGGGGGCCAUGUCCCGCUGGAACACCCCCGUGAUAGUGGCCUGGGGUCUGGCGCUGGUCCUCAGCAUACCACAGAUCUUCAUCUUCUCCCGCUCUGAAGUGGGUCCGGGCGAGUUUGAGUGCUGGGGUCACUUCGCUGAGCCGUGGGGGCUGAAGGCCUACGUGACCUGGAUGACCGUGGCCGUCUUCCUGCUUCCUGCUCUCAUCAUCACUGUCUGCCAGAUCCGGAUCUUCAGGGAGAUUCACAACAACAUCUACCUGAAGUCGGAAAGGACAGUGAUGGCUGAGCUCAAGAAAAACCAAAUAUUUUUCCGCUUCCAAACCAUAAAGAAGGAAGAGGAGCGGCCGAGGGGCCGGAGAGCGUCAGGGGGCGGGCGGGGAGGGCCACACUUCAAGUCUUUGAACACCAAGCCACACAACCAGGCCUACAGCAGCGUGGCGGGGGAGUGCUGCGACUGUUCACCGCCUGCUGUCCAGUACAGCAGCGGCCAAGCUGAAGCGGCUCCAGCCGCGCCGUCACCCGCCCAGCAGCCGCUCCACACUUCUGACCGCCACGAAUCCUUCACCGCCUUUGAACUGGCCUCCAGUUCACCGCGCUGCUCUAUGGACCACGCGCGCCCACACUCUCCCUCGGUCCCACCGCCCAGCAUCACCAAAGCCAUGUCCAAAACCGUGCGGAUGACCCUGGUCAUCGUGCUGGUGUACACCAUCUGCUGGUCUCCGUUCUUCAUUGUCCAGCUGUGGGCAGCCUGGGACCCCAGCCCUCCAGACCAAGCAGGGGUGGCCUUCACCAUCCUGAUGCUGCUGGCCAGCCUCAACUCCUGCACCAACCCGUGGAUCUACACCGCCUUCUCCAGCAGCGUGUCCCGGGAGCUGCAGAACCUGCUGCGCUGCGGCUCCCAGCCGGGCCGCCGAGGCUCGCUGCCCGACGACUCCACCACCACGCACACCUCCACCACUAAGGACAGCCUGUACUGAGGUGGACCUGCUGCUCCCACCACACCUGUCCCACGCUGGAGGGCGUCCAGCUGCCGCCGUGUCCGCAUUGAGGAUGUCAACAGCACAUCAGAGCAGCGGCCAUAUAACAUGUGCGAUGAAAGCUGGCCUUACUGUGGACAUCAUUUCCACCACAGUGGGAGACGUCACCAAGGACCUUGAGUGUUGAUUCAUCAUGACAAAGUCUCUCUCAGACGCAGCGGGCAGCAGGAAUGCAGGUGGGGAUCACCAUCCUGAAGAACUACUAAUGCCCAAAUCAGCAGCCAAAGCUCUGGGCAGUGAGAGAACUAAUCCGCAGACGGACGGAGAGACGGAAGCAGGCGGGCACGAAGAGUGGGAGCGAGACUGGGAUCACACGGAGGUUUCAGCUGCUGCUGCAGGAGGCUCUGAUCUGAUAUUGUCAACUUGACAAAUCAAAGAAGGCGGAUUACAGUGGAGGCUCCAGGCCCGGUUCAUUCUCCUCCCGAGGACUCUGAUCACAUAGCCGCACGGGCGGUGUCCACAUUCCGGCGGUUUCACUCGGACCGGGCCUCCAACCCUGGACUGUACAGUCUCGGCCUGCUCCUGGUGACUCCACGUUCUCAUUCACAUUUGAACGAACGUGCUCAAGCCUUCACCCUGCAGAGAUGGGACCAUGAACAGUCUCCUCUAGGAGGCGCUAAUGUUGCAUUUCACCGAGAGCUGCGCCAGCUAAAGGAAGGAGGAUAACCCAGGUGUGACUGGUACUUUAGGGGAGGCAGGGAGCUCUGCCCUCGCGCAGGUCAAGGGCUCCUGAUCCCCUCGGCCCCUCCACCUCGCUCACAGAAGAAGCUCCCUCAGAAUGAUAUUUAGACACGUGAAGGUCAACGCUGGCUUGACUUCAGACGUGUUGGGAUGCAGACUGGCUGGAGGUCCACCAGGACCUAGUGCAGACGACGACAACGCUUGUAUAUUUCAGGGUUGACAGCAUUACUAGCACCACAGACAGAGGUCGGAUGUUCCCACCACCUCCUCCUCCGUUACACAGGAACCACGGAACGAGACUCAGAUGUUGCAGAUGAUGAAAACCUUCUGUUGACUGUUGAAGCAACUGCGUGCGUUUGAUCGAAUCAUCGACUCCAGAACUCAUCCGGCGCGGCGUGUGGGGGGGUCACCACUGCCUGCCCCUCCUCCACCCAGGGAUCACACACACUCGGGGCUCCACUUCUCUCAGAAAAAGACAAACGUACAAUCCAGGUUUCCGCGACCGGAGUAUGCAAGUGCAUGUCCUCCGAACAGAUGUCUGGUGGAGAUCUCUGACAGGAACCACGGAGAUGAAAACAUUCCAUGUCGGCGGACGAACCAUGUUUAAAGUCUAUUUAUUAGCGAUGUGAAGCACAGGACUCUGCACUGCAGCCAGGGUUGCGUGGCUCAGCAGGAGCGACUGGUCCACCAGACUAGAUGAGUGGAAGAGGUUUCCAAAAUACAAACGUAUAUUUAGAUGGCAUGUCAGUUUCAGGAAGAGAGAAGCAUGAAAACAGUCUCAGUCCAAACCAAGUGCCUGUAAUGUCAGACAGUUUUUCAAGGGCCUCCCGGAGCGGAUUAAUCUUCCAGUGAUGUCAGUGCUGUUAUUCUUAGACGGACUAUCUGCAGAGCAGGGAUCAUUGGAUAUGCUGUAUCACAGCCAGAGUCAUGGGCCGGGACUUUGCUGCGCUCUUAUUUAUUGUUACAAAAAUGGAAACGUGGAUGUAUAUUUGUGAAUGACUCCGAUUCCUCCUGCAGUCGUGUGUGUGCACGAAGAUGUGAUGCAAUAAGAGACGAGUGACGGGCCGCAGCAGGAGUCCCCCCCCCCGUGAGAGCCUCGAACAAAAGACCAAACACACACACACACACACACCUCGCCACGACGGGCUCCACCGCGGGCUCUGUAACUCAGAGGAAUAAAGACAGACUCUGUGAUGUCACAAGUCCACUGGCUUCCAUCACUCUGGCUCUGCAGAAGUGGUCACCUCAAGCUGCAGCUGACACGCUGAUAAAACCCCAGUGUAGAAAUGAAUGCCACUGCUGUGUGUGUGUGUGUGUGUGUGUGUCUGUGUUCUCUGUGUAGUGGUAUUUGUGGGGUCCA